AUGAUAACAUUGUUUUACAAACAACAACUUGUUGAAUAUAUUUAUUCAAAUAUAAUUGGGAAAAAUCUUCGAGUCAAUACUCCAUGGAGAUCUCCGGCAUCUGAACGUGGUCUAAUAUUUAUUGAAUAUUACAUGCUGAAUAAAGUCCUACAUUAUUAUGCUAAUACACAUAGCGAAAAUACUGCAUGGGCAUUGCAAGGUACGAAAUUUCGAACAACAGAUGCUAUUAGUAAACUUGUCAAUGUUUUACAUUUAGAAUAUGAAAAAGUUCGAAGUACAACUGUUAUUUUUAUUAGUACAUUCGAACAUCAUUCAAAUAUUUUACCAUGGAAAGAAGCUGAACUUGAGGUUAUACGUAUUCCUAAUGAUAAACACGUUAAAAAAUUCGAACUGAUGUUGAUCGUAUUUCAAAACUUGUUCAUCAUUUAUGAUGGUUGGAUUUUUUGGAAUUAUGCAACAGCAGCACUUUAUGUUAAAAUUGAUAUGAAUCUAUCAGAAAUUGCUUAUAAAGAUGCUGUUUUCAUUUCUAUGUACAAAUUUGUUGAUGGACCAUUGACACCAGGUAUUUUAAUUGCUAAGAAAAAAAACUUUUUAUCAAUGAAGUUCCGUCUGAUCUUGCAAGGUAGUACAGUAGAAUUUGUAACUCGAACGCAUAUAGAAUACGUAAAAGAUAUUGAAAUACAUGAAGAAGGUGUCACAGCUAAUAUGCUUGAUGUUAUUCGAGCUGGUUUAGUUUUUCAUUUAAAAGAAUCUGUUCGUUGUCAUACACUUGAAGCACGUGAAGAUGCAUUAGUUGCAAAAAUUUUUCGCAAGUUUUCGAAAUCAUCGAAAACUAAUUAUACUUGA